CCUUUCAUUUCCACCCGGCCUAGAUUCUUCCACUCCUUUAUUCAUCACGAGCUGAAUCUAUAAUCCGCAGCCGAGUCGUGAAGAGCUUGUGAUUCAUUUGAUCGACCAUGAACGGCGGCGAGAGGCGGAAGGAGGCGGCGGCGGCGGCGGAGGAGGAGAGAGAAGAGGAAGGAAAUGAGGAGUUCGAAGUGCAGGAUGUGAGGGAGAGAUUGAGGUCGUCGAUGGGGAGCAGAUUCAAUCUGAUCGAAAGGCAGUUCGGUUUGAGCAGGAACGCUGGCGGCGGCGGAGGAUCCAGCACGAGUAAGUUCAGCCGUCAAUCUCUCAUCGAUGGAUUCCAUUACGUCUCCAAAGGUCUCGUCAUUCAUCCCGAUAACAGAUGGUAUCGUGCAUGGUCCAAGUUCAUUCUGCUAUGGGCAGUCUACUCAUCAUUCUUCACGCCCAUGGAGUUCGGUUUCUUCAGGGGGUUACCUGAGAACCUCUUCAUUUUGGACAUUGUUGGGCAGAUUGCUUUCCUUCUGGACAUUGCUCUGCAGUUCUUUAUUUCCUACAGAGACCCACAAACUUAUCGCAUGGUCUACAAGCGCACACCAAUUGCUCUUCGGUAUUUAAAGUCUCAUUUUAUCGUUGAUUUGCUCUGUUGCAUGCCUUGGGAUAUCAUCUACAAGGCUUCUGGACGUAAGGAAGAAGUGAGGUAUCUAUUGUGGUUAAGGUUAUGGCGGGUGAGGAGAGUUACAGAGUUUUUCCAUAAGAUGGAGAAAGACAUAAGGAUUAAUUAUCUCUUCACUAGAAUUAUAAAGCUCAUUGCAGUGGAACUCUACUGUACACACACAGCGGCAUGCAUAUUUUACUAUUUGGCCACUACUCUACCAGCUUCCAAAGAAGGUUACACAUGGAUUGGAAGUCUGAAGAUGGGUGAUUACAGUUACGCACAUUUCAGAGAUAUUGAUAUCUGGAAACGAUACACAACAUCUUUAUAUUUUGCCAUUAUUACUAUGGCUACAGUUGGGUAUGGCGAUAUCCAUGCUGUCAAUCUAAGGGAGAUGAUAUUCGUCAUGAUCUACGUAUCAUUUGACAUGAUUCUCGGAGCUUACUUGAUUGGUAACAUGACCGCAUUAAUCGUGAAAGGAUCCAAGACAGAGAAGUACAGGGACAAAAUGACAGACCUGAUCAAGUAUAUGAACAGGAAUCAACUUGGAAGGGACAUCCGUAACCAGAUCAAAGGCCAUUUGAGGUUGCAGUAUGAGCGUAGUUACACUGAGGCCUCUGUUCUUCGGGACAUUCCAAUUUCAAUUCGUGCUAAGAUCUCAGAAACUUUGUACCUUCCCAUCAUUGAAAAAGUUGGCCUGUUUAAUGGGUGCUCUACGGAAUUUAUCAAUCAGAUUGCUGUUAGACUCCAUGAAGAGUUUUUUCUUCCAGGAGAAGUAAUAUUGGAACAAGGAAGUGUUGUAGACCAGCUAUACUUUGUUUGCCAGGGCGCUCUGGAGGAAGUUGGCAUGGGAGAAGAUGGAUCAGAAGAAACAAUUUCACUUCUACAACCAAACAGCUCUUUUGGAGAAAUCUCGAUCAUUUGCAACAUUCCUCAACCUUACACAGUUCGAGUCUGUGAGCUAUGCAGGCUCCUGCGACUAGACAAACAGUCCUUCUCAGACAUACUUGAGAUAUUCUUCUACGAUGGGCGCAAGAUUUUGAACAACCUCCUAGAGGCACAAGAAACAACUCUGCGAGAGAAGAACCUUGAAUCAGACAUCACAUUCCACAUAGGAAAGCAAGAAGCUGAGCUUGCUUUGAGAGUGAACAGUGCUGCUUUCCAUGGGGAUCUCUUCCAGCUGAAGGGCUUCAUUAGAGCUGGAGCUGAUCCCAACAGAACUGAUUAUGAUGGCAGAGCACCAUUGCAUCUUGCAGCAUCGAGGGGUUAUGAAGACAUGGCUAGCUUCCUCAUAGGGAAGGGAGUUGAUGUCAACAUGAAAGAUAAAUUCGGGAACACGCCAUUGAUGGAAGCUAUCAAAAGCGGUCACGAUCGAGUUGCGUCGUUACUUGUCGAGAAAGGUGCCUCCUUGAACAUAGACGAUGCAGGUAGCUUCCUGUGCACGUCAGUUGCAAGAGGAGACUCUGAUUUUCUCAAGAGGAUUUUAGCCUACGGGAUUGAUCCAAACUCAAAGGACUACGAUCACCGGACUCCACUUCAUGUAGCUGCCUCCGAAGGGCUCUACUUGAUGGCCAAAUUGCUGGUAGAAGCUGGAGCCAGUGUCUUUACAAAGGACAGGUGGGGAAACACGCCAUUGGAUGAAGGCCGGAAGUGUGGGAAUAAGAACUUGAUCAACCUUUUGGAUGGUGCUAAGACUGCACAGUUGGCAGAAAUGGCUGAUAGCUCUCAAGGAACCAGAGCAGAAACACAUCACUCGAGAAAAUGCACGGUGUUCCCAUUCCAUCCCUGGUGUCCAGUGGAGGAGAGAAAGAGAGUUGGGAUACUGUUAUGGGUGCCAAACUCCAUUGAAGAGCUCAUAAAAUCUGCAGCCGAGCAGCUGGAGUUUCAGAGCGUGGAGGAUUCGGAUUUGGAUUCCACUACUACUUGUAUUGUGACGGAAGAUGGAGGCCGAGUUGUGGAUGCAAAUAUGAUUGAUGAUGCCCAGAAAUUGUAUCUAAUCGAUCAAACACAUUAAAAGACUCCGAGAAUGAGACAAUAAAUUUUGGGUGUAUACCUAAAUGUCAUCUCCACUAUGUAUGUUCCGUUGGCGCUUCUUUAACGUCAUAAGUUAGAGGGUUAGAUGGGUGAUGGAGUAUCUUAGGUUUUGUACAUAAUUGUUGUAAAUAGUUCUUGAGUGGAAUAAGAUUGGGAUGUGUUUUUUUUUAUUCGCUUGCAAUUUUCU